AUGGCUUUUGAUCAAAACUCCUUGUACGUCUGUGUCGAAGGUGUCCCCUACGUCUUCAAAAUACCCACAACUUCAUUGCCGCGGUCGAAGUUUGACCUCUCAAUGGAUAAAAUCCAUCUCAAACUCCCAGACUCUCUAGAAUUACUGCCGUCGGCUUUGUGUUUAAAGCAAUCCCAGAACGAGACACGUGAAUUGUUUAUCAUUGGACAGACUCGAUCAGCAACAUCAGACGUUUCUUUCAACUUGCUUGCUUGCUUUUCCCCAGAUGGUAGACUUAUUGCCCAGACUCGCAAGUACCCAUACCACCGUUUUGUAGCCAUUGAUAUAGACUGUGAUGGUAACCUGCUGCUAUCAUGCGCAGCAGGACCGGAAGGCACUCCAGCCGCCCAAAUCUGCAAGUUGACAUCCCAUUUUGAGCGACGCAUCUUCUCGAUCACGAUGCGCAGAGAUCAGACCAUCUAUCAACCCCAGUGGAUUACCAAGACUUCUACUGGUGGACAGUGCUGGGCCUCCGUCAGCCGUACAGAACUAGAUUCCAGUCCCCUAGGCGAGGAUGAAAAGCGCCGCAUAUUUGCCUUCCCGGGCUGUCAACCUAUUGACUCCUCAGGCGUUCCUCGUAGCCCGAAGGAGUGGUUGCGGGUCAUCUCCUGGAAUUUUGACGACUUCGCUGCUGGUGAAAUUGCAGCUCUAGACGCAGAACAUCUCCUCGCCGUCGAUACAGAGAAGCGCAGCCUGGCCCUCAUUACUUGGCGUGCUGAUGAACCCUCGCCCAACCUCCAGCGGAUCAUCAAACCGAGUGAUCGGACAAUCGAUUUUAUCUGCACUUCCACAUCCCUCCCCGAGGUUGUCUCACACCCUGUUGCCUACUUGGUUUCACAGGGAGAUAUCUAUAAAUUCUCCCUACCUGAGAAUCGCGUGGACAAUGAGCACUACUAG